ACCGCGCACUUAUGAUAAAGGUUCUUCAGUGCCGAUAUACAAACCUGAUAACGUGUGCGUGCGCGCGUUGCGCGUUCCCCGAACAACAAGUUUUGGCGGUUAAAACGCGAUGAGGUCGUUGUAUUGCCGUUGUUGGUCGUCAUCCAGUGCCGCAGCUCUGUCGCCGCCAUUACACCGUUGUUCACCGCCGUUUGCUCACGUCCCGUCACUGUGCCCUACCCAUUCGUCACUUCCGUUCCUGUGUCCGCCGGCGUUACCUGUCCAUCUCGCUACCCUUCAACAACCGUUCGGCAUCGUUUCUGCCGCGCACGUCGAACGGAACACUACCACGCAACCAGUUAUCAUGGCGUCGUCAUCGUCAGCGAAGACCGCGGAAACCCGACCGCCGUAUGCGGUGUUCAUCGAGGGCAACGUGGGCAGCGGCAAGACCACGUUCUUGGAACAUUUCGCCAGUUGCCCGAACGUGUUUUUGGCCAAGGAACCGGUACACAUUUGGCAGAACGUCAACGGCCACAACUUUCUGGGUCUCAUGUACCAGGACCCGAAACGCUGGAGCUUUGCGUUUCAGUCAAUCGUGCAGAGGACCUUUCUUGAGUUGCAUCAGGCUAGACCGAAACCCGAACAAAAUAUCAAAAUCAUGGAACGAUCAAUCUACAGUGCCAGAAACAUAUUUGUUGAAAAUUUGUACAAGGACAAUCUUAUGGCUGCUCCUGAGUAUGCUGUGUUGGAUGCAUGGUAUUCUUGGCUAAUAGAAAAUGUUAAGAUAGAAUCGGACCUCAUAAUUUAUUUGAGAACAGAUCCAGAAGUUGCUUACCAAAGAAUAAAAGCCCGAAAUAGGCCUGAAGAAAAAAAUGUUCCAUUUGAGUACAUCAAACAUUUACAUGAAUUGCAUGAGAGUUGGUUAAAUGUGACCAAAACUGAUGUUCCUAAAAAUACACCUGUGAUUAUUAUUGAUGCUAACCAAAGUAUGGAUUUAGUUAAAAUGCAAUUUAAUGGUAUUAGGGACCUAAUUACUAAAAAUGCUUCAGCAAUUAUUGAACCGAAAACAAUUUCUAAAAUCAAUAAUAGUAUCAGUGCUGUUCAACUCAACAAAUCACCAUGUAAAUUGAUGCCAGAUUCAACUAUUGUUUCGGCUCAAAGAGUGUAAUGAUGAAUUGCUUUUUUUUUUUACUUUAUAUUAUAUAAUUACAUAUUUUGAACUCUAAUACAUUUCAUAUUACAUAUUA